AUGGGAAUCUUCGAAUAUGUCUCCGAUCUCUACUCCGCCAUGAGCAUCCAAACGGUGGAGGCCGAGGAGCCACAGAAGGAUGAGGGUGGUGACGAAGGCGAGGAGAGCAAUGAGGAGGAGAAGAGUGAGGACAACGAGGGCGGCGAGGAGGAAGAAGGUGGUGACGACGAGGCCGCCGAUGAUGAGGAGGAGGAGGAGGAGGAAGAGGAAGAAGAGGAGCCAGAGGACAUCAAGCCAAAGCUUGAGGAGGAGUGUCUUAAGACAGCAGCUUGUGCGCCCUUGAAGCACCACUACGACGAGUGCGCCGAGCGCGUCAAGUCCCAGGAGGAGCAGCAUGGCAAGGCCUCGGAAGACUGCGUUGAAGAGUACUUCCACAUGAUGCACUGCGCUGCUCAGUGUGCUGCACCAAAGUUGUUCAAGCAGCUACGGUAA